UCUUAAUCUUCUUUGCAUUGGGUCGUGGUGUUUGAGGAGUUUAUAAAAAAGUUAAUUUGAACAUUGAUAAUUUUCAAAACCUAUUUGUAUAGUUCAUAAUCAUGGGAAACUUUCAAUCCUUGUGCUCUAUUUUAAAGGAUAAGUGCAAUACCUGUUUGUUCGAGUCACGCAAAUUCUACUGCAACAAAUUCCAGUACUGUUGUGGGGACAAAUGCUGUGAAGAUAUAGAGGACCUCUAUAAACAAUGGUUCUUUUGGCCAAUCAUUGUUUUGAUCCUCGCACUCGUACUUGCGGCUAUAAUAUGGUGGUGCAGGAGAAAUCACAGGUCGGCUCAGACCCAGAAAUAUAGACAGCUGACGGGUACACAUACGCUUGAGGAGACUGCGAAAUCGCUCCCUCGGUCAUAGUCAACGUAAUCGUAGUCACAGCAAAACCCCACUACAUGGGCGACACCACGGGAUAAUUCUGGUAGCACCAACAAAAAGAAACCUGCAGCUGCAUCAACAAUAAAAACUAGACUAUGUAAUAAUCUCACAGAAUGUAUAUUGGUGACAUUUCUUUUUUAAAUUUGUUAAAAUUUAGCUAUCAUUAAAUUUAUGUUGACUAUUAUAAACAAACACUGAAUUGAAAAUGCCAAAUACUUAUAUGUAUAAAAAAAAGUUUUGAAUCAUUCGAUUCAGGGAUGCAAACGAAUAUUCGAUCGAACGUUUGGUAUUCGAAAGUCAAAAUUAAUAUUCUAAUAUUCAGUGUUUUUUAUUAUCAAUGAAAUGAUAAACCUUUGGCGUAUAACUGAGCUAUUGUGUAUAACGUUCGUUUGUCUUUUUUUUCAAUGAUUGGCCCCUAACGCUAGAGGCAUGAACUAAAUAACAUAACAAUACAAAAUGUAAUAUAUCACACGGGAAUGUUGAUUGCAGAGUUUCUUACUAUAUUUGCCUUAAUCAUUUAUACCUUUUAUUUCCACUUAUCUGUGAUUAAACAUAUAACGUUAUUAACACGUUAAUUUAAUUAAUAGAUUGCAUUAUAAAAUAUUUUGAUUUACUGAACUUAUGAAGUUGAUGUAUUUGCGUAUUUGAUAUUUAUGAUGUUUAGUUCUGUAAAUUAUAUGCAUGUAAUCACCUGAAAACACCAUAUUGUAUAUAUAUUUGUCCACAUAGGCUAUGGCCUUCUUGAUAUUCUGUAAAUAAAUCUUGAAUCUUGAAACUUAAUCAAAUAAGUUGGUAUUUUGUGUAGUAAGUGUUUUUUCGUUGUAUUUAGCAUCUUUACACAUUUGAACAUAUGAUACAUAUACAUAUAUGAUACAUACAUAAUACUAUAAUACAAGGAAUAUAUUU